UUUCGUUCAUCUAUUCUUUCGGUCUAUUCUACCUUUUUGCCCCUUCGAAGUCCACGCGUUUUAAUUUCGGACGAGUCUAUUUCUCUCCAGUCUUUUUCUAACGACCCGCUACGCAAUUGAAGAAUGGGCCACGUUCGCUCCCGCACGUUCUGCUGCUGCCUGCCCGUCAGGUUCGGUGUCUUCUGCAUGGCCCUCGUCGGCCUCAUCGGCGGUGGUGCCAUUGGCGUCCUCGGAUGGAUCCAAGUCCACAAUUACUUCAAGGGCACCCUUGAUCUGAGCACGCACGAGAAGCUAGGACUUUGGUUCGUCAGCCUAUCCUACACCUGGUUUGCCCUGAUUGCCAUCGUCGGCCUCAUCGGCUCCCUCACGCGCGGGCGCGGCAGCAUCGCUUUCUAUGCGUACACUGUGACUGUCAACACGCUGCUGAUCAUCGUCGUCGGCAUCUACUUCGUCUGGACGCUCUUCCACAGCACCGAGGACAGCGAUGUGAGCAAGUGUGUCGGCAGCUCGACGGGCGACGCCGAGGAGGUCAAGCACUGGUUCUGCCACGCGGGCUUCGACGUCAUCCGCGCCGUCCUCGUCGUCGUCUUCGUCAUCAUCUGGUGCUUCCAGCUCGCGGGUAUCUUCAUCGUCUUCAGCUACCUCAGUCAACUCAAGGAGGAGUACGAAGCGGAGGACGAGGAGCAGAGGAAGAACCCGACGUUCAACGUCCAGGCACCGACGCCCAACAACCAACCCGCGAUGCGCACGACCUACGAUGCCGCGUCGUACGACGCGAAUGCGAACCCCGUCCAGGGCAGCGGCUGGGCCUCCGCCAAGUCGCCUUACGCUUUCAACACUGCCGAGACCGCGCAGGUCCGCAACCCGUGAGCAUGCUCGCUGGUGCGCCCCUGCGGAACCCAGUAGUGUAGUAGCAUAGUACGCAUACCGGGCUACGCAACGUCCCGUUUUUGUGGACUUCAGAGUAGACCAAAGUUUGUUAAUCUAAUGAUUCGUAAUG